UCAUGAAAAUUGUGUGAGAGAGAGAGUGAAACCAUACUAUUAGUUGGCAUUAUUAAUUAUGGCUACCAAGAGGCUUCAACAGGAACUUCAGGACUUGAGGAAAGAUCCUCCAUCAUCAUGCAGUGCAGGACCUGUUGGAGAUAACUUGUUCUAUUGGCAAGCUACAAUCAUGGGCCCUGAAGAUAGUCCAUAUGCUGGAGGCAUAUUCUCUGUUGAGAUUCACUUUCCUGAAGACUAUCCUUUCAAACCUCCUCAAGUGGAUUUCCAAACUGAGGUUUACCACCCAAACAUUGGGCUCAGUGGUUAUAUUUGCCUUGACAUCCUGAAGAAUAGAUGGAGCCCAGCUAUGUCAGUUUCUACCCUCCUCCUUUCCAUCUGUUCUCUGCUCACUGAUCCAAAUCCUGAUGAUCCUCUCAACCCUGCUAUUGGUAACAUGUACAAGAACAGAAGAACCCUCUUCGAAAAAAACGCUCGAGCAUGGACGCGAAAGUAUGCCAUGGGUUGAUCAAUGAUCAUUCCCCUGUGCUUGUUAGGAAUCUUUUAGUUUUUUUCUUUAAAUUGAUAUAUACUUUUGU